UAUCAACCCAGCUAUCACUAUCAGCUAAAUAACAGAUCGCUACAAUUACGUACGUCAGCUCGUGCCUAACGACAAGAAACCGGUCGCGUGUAUAAAAGGCAUCCAGACACCGCAUUCGUCCUCCAGUCGCUGAGCGUGCUUCACAGCGUUAGCUUGAAAGAGUUAACUCGACACAACCAACCAACAGUCUGUUAAUUAAUCAAGACUCAAGCACUUUACAUUACCAUACAAGAUGGGUAACAGCAACAAUGUUCUUAACUUCGGAGCGGGCCCUGCCAAACUUCCAAAAACCGUUUUGGAAGCUGUCCAAGCAGAACUCUUAAGCUACAAUGGCAUGGGCGUCAGCAUCAUGGAAAUGUCCCACAGAUCAGCGGAAUAUACCAAGAUUAACAACGAUGCACAAAAAUACGUCCGUGAUUUAUUAAAAGUACCAGAUAACUACAAAAUCAUGUUCAUGCAAGGUGGAGGCACUGGCGCAUUCGCCGCUGUGGCCUUAAACCUGCUAAACAGAACUGGUUCUGCUGAUUACAUGAUCACCGGUACUUGGUCCGGUAAGGCCGCCAAGGAAGCCGCGAAAUACGGCGAAGUUAAUCUCGUCUUCCCCAAACCUCCGCUGGGUACCAUCCCGGAUAAAUCCACCUGGAAGUUCAACCCGGAUGCUUCCUACGUGUACUACUGCGCGAAUGAAACCGUCGAUGGUGUUGAAUUCUUUGACAUCCCCGAGGUACCCACUGGUGUUCCACUUGUCACCGACAUGUCUUCUUCAAUCAUGACCAGAGAAAUUGAUGUCUCUAAAUUUGGAGUUAUCUUUGGUGGCGCACAGAAAAACAUCGGCCCUGCUGGUGUUACAGUCGUAAUCAUCCGUGAAGAUCUGGGAUCUCCGAUGAAGAUCUGCCCGUCUGUCUUUGACUUCACUAACAUCGCAAAGGAAAACUCUGUGCAUAAUACCCCCGCCACUUUCUCUGUGUAUGUCAUGAACAAAGUCUUCGAAUGGAUCGACAAAGCCGGAGGUGUAAAGGAAAUGGAACGUCAGGCGAUUAUUAAAGCCGAGAUGUUAUACAAGGCGAUUGAAAACUCGAAUGGAUUCUACGCGUCACCGAUUGCGCCCAAUUGCAGAAGUCGCAUGAAUGUACCUUUCCGAGUCGGCGGUGCAAAUGGCGACGAGGAGUUGGAGAAGAAAUUCCUGCUCGAAUCUGAAAAGGUGCAGAUGCAGCAGCUGAAGGGACACAGGAGUGUUGGUGGCAUGCGCGCCUCGCUCUACAAUGCUGUGUCCAUUGAUGAUGUGAAACUGCUCGUCACCUUCAUGGAACAGUUCCAGAAGGCGCAUAAUAUGUAAACGAAUAAACGAAUGCUGCGUGCGUGCGGUGCACGCGCCUUGUAUUAACUAUGAUUAACUUUGACUGUAUUUAUUGUAAGCGCACCCGAGAUAUAUGAUAAUUCUAUUUUGUAAUAAAAACAUGACUAAUA